ACUUUUUCGAGAUCUUUGACGGUGGUGACGACACUGUCGACCAUGUCGAUUUGUAAGCUCCCAGCUUUGCCUCGGGAGGGCGCGGCUACCGUUGGAACCCCCUCAUCCAGCUUAUACAGUGUACCGCGAAACUUGGCGAACCAAACCAGCCACAACAAUGCCCAACAUGAAGGAAGCGAUUGUGCACAAGGGAGCCACUGUCGAGAUUGUCAAUAGCCCCGUCCCAACUCCCAAUGCGGACCAGGUCCUGAUCAAGGUCGUUGUGAGCGGGACAAACCCAAAGGAUUGGAAGCUCCCAGAGUGGCUUGACAAACCUGGCAAUCAAGGCGACGACAUUGCAGGGGUCGUCGAAGCCGUUGGUGAGAAUGUGACCGAGUUUAAGCCUGGAGACCGCGUCGCGGCUUUCCACGAGAUGACCACGUCCGGUGGCAGCUAUGCCGAGUAUGCUAUUGCCUGGCAGCAUACUACCUUUCAUCUGCCAAAGAACACCUCGUUCGAGGAGGCGGCGACGCUGCCCCUGGCUGCCUUGACUUCCGUGGCUGUCCUCUACCACCACCUGGCUCUUCCUGAGCCAUGGCGUCCCGCUACAUCCAAGAUUCCUCUCGUCAUCUAUGGUGGCGCAUCAGCCAUUGGAGCGUAUGCCAUUCAGCUCGCUCAGAAGAGUAACAUCCACCCUGUUAUUGCCAUUGCCGGCCGAGGCGCUCCCUUUGUCGAAAAACUCAUCGACCGAUCCAAAGGCGACACCAUCAUCGACUACCGAAAGGGCGACGAGGCGGUGAUUUCCGGAAUCAAGGAAGCCGUGGAAGCAUCCGGCGCAGACGCCAAGCUGCUACACACAUACGACUGUGUCAGCGAGGGCUCCAGUUAUGUCAACCUAGGCAAGGUCGUCGCACCCGGAGGCAAGAUCGUCGUUGUCCUUCCUGGAAAGGACUAUCCCGGCAUUCCGGAUCAUGUUCAGCUGGUGAAGAAUACUGUAGGCUGCGUUCAUGCCGAUCAGAAGGAUCUGGGAUACGUUUACUCUAGAUACCUGGCCAAGGGUCUACUUGAUGGGUGGUUCAAGCCGCAUCCGCACGAGGUUAUCCCUGGUGGACUAAAGGGAGUGGAACAAGCUCUGAAGAACCUGAAGAACGGAAAGGCCAGCGCGGUCAAGUACGUUGUACGGGUUGCCGAGACUCCUGGUCUCAACUCCUGA